CAGCGGCGAGGCCGAGCAGCAGCGCAAGUCCAAGGAGAUCGACAAGUGCCUCAGCAAGGAGAAGACGUACGUGAAGCGUCUCGUCAAGAUCCUGCUGCUGGGCGCCGGCGAGAGCGGCAAGUCCACCUUCCUCAAGCAGAUGCGCAUCAUCCACGGGCAGGACUGGGACCGCACCGCCCGCGAGGAGUUCCGCGCCACCAUCUACAGCAACGUCAUCAAAGGUGUGAGAGUCCUGGUAGAUGCCAGAGAGAAACUUCACAUUCCCUGGGGAGUUCCUGCCAACCAGAGUAACGGGGAUAUGAUGAUGGCUUUUGAUACUCGGUCGGCCAUGGUGGCACAAGGGAUGGUGGAGACUCGGGUUUUUUUACAGUACCUUCCAGCAAUACGAGCACUGUGGGCAGACAGUGGUAUCCAGAACGCCUAUGACAGACGCAGAGAAUUCCAGCUGGGGGAAUCUGUAAAAUAUUUCCUGGACAACUUGGAUAAACUUGGCGAAUCAGAUUAUCUUCCAUCACAGCAAGAUAUUCUGCUGGCAAGAAGACCCACUAAAGGGAUUCAUGAGUAUGACUUUGAAAUUAAAAAUGUUCCCUUCAAGAUGGUGGAUGUAGGUGGCCAGAGGUCUGAGCGGAAGCGUUGGUUUGAGUGCUUCGACAGUGUCACAUCGAUACUCUUCCUCGUCUCUUCCAGCGAAUUCGACCAAGUGCUCAUGGAGGAUCGGCUAACAAAUCGCCUUACUGAAUCUCUGAACAUUUUUGAAACGAUAGUCAACAACCGGGUUUUCAGCAACGUCUCCAUCAUCCUCUUCCUAAAUAAGACAGACUUGCUUGAGGAGAAAGUACAAAAAGUCAGCAUCAAGGACUAUUUCCCAGAAUUCGAAGGGGAUCCCCACUGCUUAACAGACGUCCAAAAAUUCCUGGUGGAUUGUUUUCGUACCAAACGCCGGGACCAACAGCAGAAACCCCUAUACCACCAUUUCACCACUGCUAUUAACACAGAAAACAUCCGGCUGGUUUUCCGUGACGUCAAGGAUACCAUCCUCCAUGACAACCUCAAGCAGCUUAUGCUACAGUGAGAGCCAUAACAAAGCACAAAGCACUAUGACUCGGUUCUUC